AUGGACGGUCUGUUGACCUCAGCCCUGUCAUGUAACCGACCCAAUCUGGGGGAGGCCGAGGGCUUCCAACGCGCCUGGGACGAGCUGGAAGCGUGUGUGAGGGCGAGGGGAAUUCUAACGGGCCAGCAGAUGGAAAAGUACGAGGCACACGGGUACUGCCUCGUCCGCAUGGGGCCAAAAAUUGUGGAGGAAGAUUGUUACAAGACAACACCAUCCCAACGGCGUGCAGGACAGGCUGAUCUUAACACUUGGGCCGAUUUGGCCCUUCUUGCCGUAGCCCGCGAGUUGGUCAUCCUCCGUCCUGGCGAAGUCUGCAACGUCCAAAGUUUCGAAGAGCUGUACGGUGGGAGACUCAUUUCGGACAUAAUCCCCGAAGUGCAUCAUGUCGACUUCAAUGGCACUGAGCGUCGGAGAGAUCACACGAAGGAACAGGAGGCACCCAUGAGACUGCACGUGGAUGAUGCAGACCACAUGUGCCGACCGCCGAUCCAGCUGCUUCUGGGAAUCAUUAAUGUUAACCAGACUCCAACAUCGGUGGCACUGGUGCCGCCGGAAGAAGAGCUUCUAGCGGCGGGCGUCCGGGUCGAUCUCCUCCGACAGCCUUUGUUCCUUCACCAUCCGCCGACCAUUGGUUGCAAUAUUUUUUCUGUCGAUGCAGUCGACUGGGCCGGAGUGUUCUUGACAAUACACGAGUGCUUCACGGACGGGGAAGCCUGCAGCCAGUGGCAGACUCCGGGAACCGCCGCACCCUGGAUGGGUCAAACGGUUAUGGUUGGCAGGCAGUGCGGCCGAGAAAACACUGGCUACAUGUCACAAUCCUCUUCAACGACAUCCGCGUUCGUCUUCGUCCCGCAAAUGGAUACGGCAGCCGCUGGAUUUUUCAAGGGAUCUGCUUUGCGUCAGCAGAAGGACCAGGUGCCAUUCUCGCUCUUCGAGUGGGCCGAUCCUCAAAAGCAGGAGGCGCCGAAGGCUCUCAGACCGAUUCUCACCCCGCGACCGGCUUCUUCAGCUGCGAGGAGCACCGCCCCGUCCACAGCCCGGAGCUCCUUCAAAGCUGCAGGAUCCGAGGUGAUAAAUCCGUCCUUCGCGGGUGCAGGCGUGCAAGGCCAGCAAGGCUCACUACGAACGAAGGCGUUGGAGCAGAGGGGCGCGAGUUGA